AUGGAGGUUAGUGCUUGGAGGAUCCCCUUGCUUCUACUGCUUGCCCUGGUCAUGGAGACUAACCUAGCUAGCUUUCAAGGCUGGUCGGGCUUUCAGGAGAAGCCCAUGAGCACGAAAAACAUGAACACGACACUCGAUUUCUUCAUUCAAUCCUACAACAAUGCCAGCAACGACACCUACUUAUUUCAAGUCCAGGAGCUAAUUGGAAGUCAGGUGCAGCUGACAACAGGAGUGGAGUAUUUGGUCACUGUGAAGAUUGCCAGGACCAAAUGCAAGAGGGAUGAAGUGAAAAAUGUUUCCUGUUCCCUGCAGAACAAUAAGCUGAAAAGGACUUUGGUUUGCACGUCUUUGGUAUACACGGUGCCCUGGAUGGACUAUUAUCAGCUCUGGGACAAUUCCUGUAAAGAUGUCUGA